GUUAGUAUAGAAUUUGAUGGCGGGAAUAUUAUUGACUCGAACAGCCAUUGUGAUUGAAGGUGUCGCAAUAAUAUUGGGCGAGAAGAUGCUUAAUCUGAGCAGAACAACAGAUGAUCAAUGGCAGCUCCGAUAAUGAAGCACAGGUGUUAGCCUACGAGCCGAGCUCUCACAAGCUUCCCGAAGAUCACCACAUGAAUCACUUCCCCCUUCUUCCUCCUCACCCAUUUGCUUCUUCUUUUACCACUCAACCCAAACCAUUACUCAAAUUCCUCAAACUCCAUUAUUGCAUUACAUGCCACCUAUCGCCUUUCCUCAUUUUCCAAUGCUGGAACCACUUCCUCCUCUUCGAUUCGAUCCCUCAUCGUCCUUCCUCAAUCCGCUUUUGCUUCAUUCGGCUGCAUUUUAGUCGCUUUCUCUGCCUUCUCGCUUUAUUUUUCUGCGGUUUUCAAAGUCUCCAGGGCUUACUAGUUACCAAGUUCGUAAUAGGCAGUUGUUCUACAUCUGGUUUCGAGUUUGAGCUUGAUAAUUAGAAUUACGCCAUGAGGGGGCGGCAUGUUGUGGAAAUAUCCUCCACGUACAAACGUGGAGCAUCAAAGGACCACGUAAAUGCUUACGAUAAACAAGAGAGUUCAGUGCGAUAUACUGGACACCCUUCAUGGAGACGCCCCUUCCCGCAUGUAGUUGUAGCUACUCUUGCUUCGUUUUUGUUUGGCUACCAUCUUGGUGUAGUUAAUGAAACCUUAGAGAGUAUUUCUCUGGACCUUGCCUUUAGUGGGAGUACAUUGGCCGAAGGUCUCGUAGUGAGUACAUGUUUAGGUGGUGCCUUUCUUGGAUCUCUAUUCAGUGGCUGGAUUGCAGAUGGGGUAGGGCGUCGUAGAGCAUUGCAGCUUUGUGCAUUACCCAUGAUAAUUGGUGCAUCAAUGAGUGCAACCACACAAAAUCUAUGGGGAAUGCUUCUUGGUAGGUUAUUUGUCGGAACUGGGAUGGGACUUGGGCCAGCUGUUGCAGCACUUUAUGUUUCUGAGGUAUCACCAGCUUAUGUAAGAGGAACUUUUGGGAGUUUUACUCAGAUUUCAUCGUGUCUCGGUCUUCUGGGAUCCCUAUUUAUGGGACUUCAAGCGAAGGGAAUAGUAGGUUGGUGGCGGGCUUGUUUUUGGGUAUCAAUCAUUCCUGCUGCUUUACUUGCCCUUUUGAUGGAGUUUUCAGCAGAAAGUCCUCACUGGCUUUUCAAGAGUGGAAGAACUGCUGAAGCUGAGGCUGAAUUUGAGAAGCUUUUGGGAGGCGCAGAUGUUAAAUAUGCAUAUGCAGAAUUGUCAAAGUCUGACAAAGGAGAUGAUUCAGGCGUAGUAAAGUUAUCAGAGUUACUCCAUGGCCGCCAUUUCAAAGUGGUUUUCAUUGGUUCAACCCUUUUUGCUUUACAGCAGCUCUCUGGCAUAAACGCUGUUUUCUAUUUCUCUUCUUCUGUCUUCAAAAGUUUUGGUGUACCUUCAGAUCGUGCAAAUAUUUGUAUAGGAGUAGCAAACUUCUUAGGGUCAAUUGUUGCAAUGAUACUGAUGGAUAAACUUGGAAGAAGGGUGCUGCUUCUUGGGAGUUUUUCAGGCAUGGUAGUGUCAAUUGGCCUCCAAGUGUUUGGAGCAAGCUCAUUCCCAUCCAGCACUGAAGCAUUCUAUCUGUCUGCUGGUGGCAUGUUAUUGUUUGUUCUGACGUUUUCCCUUGGUGCCGGUCCUGUUCCUAGCCUCCUCCUAUCAGAAAUAUUUCCUAGUCAAAUUCGAGCAAAAGCAAUGGCAUUUUGUAUGUCGGUACAUUGGGUGAUUAACUUUUUUGUCGGUUUACUCUUCCUGCCCUUACUGGAGCAAAUAGGAGCCCAGAUCCUGUACACAAUUUUCGGUGCAUUUUGCUUGAUAUCAGUGAUUUUUGUGAAGAGAAAUGUAGUGGAGACAAAAGGAAAAUCACUUCAGGAAAUUGAAAUGGCACUUCUUCCAUUAGAGUAGAGGGAAAAAAAACAGAUAAAUAUCUUGCAUGUAUUUAGCACAAUCCCUUGUUUGAGGUGAGAAACUUUACAAGAGCAUAGAACAACUUCGGAAUUUAAAGCUUCAAGGCCUUUACCUGGUCGUUUGCUAGAAUGGUAUUGAUUCUCUUCAAGGCUGUCUUAUAUUUUGACCUCUAUUCAGGCCAUUGAUUCUUUAUAUAUAAUCUUUGUUUUUCUCUUUCUUUUCCUUGAUAAUGAAAAGAAAGUUCACCAAAUGACAAAUACCUGUGAUCAAAGAUCGAAUUUCUCUAUUAAUUGAUUAUUUAUGUAAUUUUGACCUUCACAGCUUAUAUCUAUAUGAGUUCUCACAA